CCUUUGCUCCAUGCCUCCCUCCGUCAGAUGCUCUUCUUCUCUUUACUCUUCUUGCCGCCUCUACAGAGAUACGAUACGAUAGAUCAACGCCAGCUCGCGCUUUCAUGGAACUGAGAAUCCCUCUUGUUCUGUAACCUUCGCCCCGGCCGCUGGUCUUACUAUCAGCUUCAGCUUGCUGCUCCCCUCUACAUACCCGGAAUAUGCUAUGAGCAUCGAGAAUUCCCCGCUCCUGUCCACGCACUCUUGCGUAUCCUGAGCUUGAUGUGCAUCUCAAACCCUCCCUCGUGUCUGUGGUCCGCAAACUCGAUACAAUAAGAAAAGUUCUGCUGCCGCAUAGUCCCUCCACUCUCCUUUAGCAUUUGGACUGUUUGUAGCCCCACUCGAGGCUCCAUGUCUCCCCCUGGGGACGUAGCUGAAACCCCGGAACACAAAAGCGCAGGCGGCCUUGCCAGUGUCUUCAAGAGCUUGACUGGGAGCAAGCCUCUCAGGACCCAGGCGCCAGCCUCGAUAUCGCAGAAAUUCAAUGGAACCAGUUCCCCGAAGAAGGCAAUCUAUGGAGGCCCGCCGAAUUACGAACAAUUAUUCGAACAAUUGAAGGUUGGGAAUCCUCUUGCAGAUAGACUUGCUGCGGCAGAGUCCCUCCGCCAUUCUGUGCAAGACUAUCCACUUAGUAGUGUGACGAGCAUCUUCAAGGAAGGAAAAGAUCUUAUCGAAUCGUCCAAACCCGUAGAAGCCAGAGUUGUAGGAUUCGAGCUUUUAACUGCUUGUGUCCAGCAUGCUUCUUCGACUGAUCCGGAACGUUUAGCAUAUUUCCGCGUCCUUACUGCUCCUGCCAACCCCGAUGAUUUCCAUCUGCAACUUGCAUCUGUAAUCGAGUUGGCGAAACAUGGCAGGGAUCUCUCUGGAUUCCACUACAAUGUUUUUCCCUUGCUGACUUCCUGGUUGCGUCAAACGUUUAAUGUGAUUUCGGCCGCACGUAAGCACGCAGGCCGACACAAUCGGGCCCAAAAGGGCAAAGCUCCCCUCGGCGAAGAAACGAAUCUAGCAUUGCUCUUCGAAUUCAUCGUUGACGUGAUUAAGUUCAGCUUCAAUGUUUCGAAUGAAGAGACUGUUAGUGAUCUUAUGGACGUUAUCCUAUACAUCUGCGUUCAUACCCCCCAGCCGAAUGAUUUGAAAGCCUGCAUUAAUGUUAUCGAUGCGACCAUCACAUAUGGAGAGAUCCCCAGCAACAAACUUGCGGAUUGUAUCAAGGUGCUCUGUUCUAUACAUUGCCUCGUCGACACUAUACAGCCAGAAGCAUGGCGCUCCAUCAGCAAUCUCUGCAGGUCUCAUAAUGGCCAGACAACGGUCAGGAUCCUACUAGAUAUCCUUCGGAACCCCCCUUCCGAUGGCGCCAAUGAGAAACAGACAGUCCGUGAAAUACGAGGGGCUUUAUCUGUGUUGGAAAAGCUAUUUGCGAAGGAUGGUAAAGAUGGCUAUCCGCUUGUGCCCAUGUCUCUCCUAAUGGAUGCACUCAUGAGAGUCGUGAGCAUCGAACACGGAAAGGUCGAAACCGACAUAAUGCGGCUGAUCCUCUCCCUUUUCGAUGAUGGGGAGCAAGGAGUAUUGGAGAAUGUCAUGGAAGAGGAUUGGUCAGUAUUGUUUGACGUGGUCCGCAAAUGCUCUCGCCGAGCAUUAGAAACCCCCGACGGCCGUCCACUCACCACCCGAUCUCGCGGAGCAAGUCCUGUGGGCAAAGAACAGGUGCCUGAACAGGUGUCUGAACAGGUGCCUGCUACCACUGUGGGCCAAACUCUGUAUAGUCUUAUUAUCCGAAUUGAGGAGCUUCUUAUCAGAUCCUCUACAGGUGAUUUUUUUCAGAGAGCCGACUGCAUCAAGUUCUUCAUCGAUGUCCAUCCUCACCUCCCGGAAUCAUGUGCCAAACUCGUUAUCGAUUACUAUAUAGAGUAUCGAUGUUGCUAUCCUUCAGAUGUGCAGUGGCAAGAGAAUAUUAAGAUGAUUCUGGGUGCCUUUUUUGCAGACCGGUCGCAACCAGCACAUAUCCGAUUGCAUGCUCUCAAAGCUGUCACUGAUGUCUUUGAGGUAGUCGAAAUGAUGGAUGAGCAUGUGGAUCCUGAUUGUGUAUGGACUUUUGUCACCGCUAUCCUCGAGGAUGUUGCAAACGAGAAGGAUAUUGCAAUUCUACAAGAGGUGGUUGCCUUUUCUGUGGCUGUUGCUGUGACUGCGGAUGAAUCUCUGUUCAGUUGGAUCAUCGACUCCAUACACGGGAUUAUUGCGAGUGAUCGACUCCAGCCGCAGCCCGGAUCUCCUACUGGGUCUCGACAUAGCUUGGUUGGAACGAAUCGGCCUACAUCCUCCGUUGUGCCAAACCCCUUGGUACAAACACCAUCCAAUGUGGCCACCAAAGGUUUGGUCCAAAUAUUCAUGAGGACCAUGGACAGUUCAGGUCCAAAAUCUCUUCGGGUGUUUGAUGAGUUACUCUGGGUUACGAAAUCUCACGAUUGCGAAACCGAUGCACGCAUUUCAGCGAUGAAGAUGCUGUUUAGAUUGAGAGCCGACUGGGCAAACAGGAUUUUCUUGACUCCUUUCACCGAAUCAGAUGCAUUAGCAGCCUCUCUCUUCCGUACAGCGACCUCGUUGGCAAGAAAACAAGCCACGGAUGAGGCAUCUCACUACGGUCGAUCUUUCCGAGCUGAAGACGCAAGUACUGUUCGUAUCGCAAGAAGCCCUUCCUUCGGCCAGGGUCAUUCUCAAGGCAGACUUCCGCUUCGGACAAGCAGUGGUGUGAAUAGGACGCUUCAGAAAAGUCCUCAGUUGUGGAUGUAUCCUGACCCUGAUGCGCUUCCCGAGACAGCAUCCAACAAAGCCAGUUCGUUGCUGGCUUCUUUCAUCGAAUUCGAAGAAGAUGAUCACGGCGUACCAACUCCAUCGAGUCAAGUCGCAUUAAACAUCGGUCUGUAUCUUGAAACUAUCGUUAAUCUCCUAACGCAUGGUUGUGAUUGGGAGGUCUACAGCUACAUUCUCGUACACUUGGCCUCUCAGUUGACGAAUCAUGCUUUAUUCAAGGGUGCUGUUCCACAGAUCAAAUUAUUGAGAGAUCUCUUAUGUGAGCAGAUCAAAAACAAUACCUUUUAUGAACCUCCGGUAUCUUCGGGACUGCGCAAGGCUGAUGUCGCGAUCUGCCUCUUUCAGACAUUAGCGAUGAUCGUGAGUUACCAUAGAUAUUUCUCCAAGGGUGAAGAAGACGACAUUGUAAGGACAUUUGCCCAAGGCGUAGGGACGCUGGAUCGGGCAUCCAAGUGUUGCAUCCACGCCCUCUCUAUAUGUUGCCACGAGCUCCCUGCAUCAACAAGCAAGGCACUUGUGACCAUCCUUCAAAAGAUGUCGCAAAUCAUCACGCAAUCUCAUGUGGCAGUGCACAUUCUGGAGUUUCUAGCUUGUCUUGCUAGAUUACCGAAUCUGUACGUCAACUUCCGAGAGGAGCAGUAUCGGACGGUCUUUAUGAUGUGUUUUCGAUAUCUGCAAUACGUGCGAGACAAGCCAACCAAGGAAUACUCCAGUCGAAACAGUCACCAACCCAGCCGGAAUUCCGGCGUCUCGUCGGAUGGUUCCCGGAGUACCACUGAUAGUAAUCUCGCGGAUAGCAAUUUCCAGCCAACCGCCUCUGAUGACCUGCCACAAUAUGUGUACGCCCUGGCUUAUCAUGUCAUAAUAUUUUGGUUCCUGUCCUUGAAGCUCACAGAUCGUGCUGGUCAAGUCGGCUGGAUUACCAAGAAUCUUGUGUCGACCGAUGUUAACGGCAAGGAAAGGAUUGACGAGCAGGCGCAGGUCACACUAGAUUUCAUGCAGCGAGUAGCAUAUGCAGAUGUUGACGAGUCGGCUGCCGACCCUACUUUCACUCGCGAUCAAUUUGGAGAAAUCUUGAAGAAACGGUGGAUAGUUGGUCAAAGCAUCGUAACCGUUGAGCAAGCAACACGGGGAGGAUGGGCUCAGAUCACCAAGCGCCAGCCAUCGGGGACUUCUUGCUACACCAUACGUGAAAAGUUCACAAGACCCCCACCUCACCAGAGCCAUUAUCCUCAGGAGACAAUACGAGAUACUCGACAUUCAGAUGCGAAUGUCGUCCUUCCAAGUCAUCUUCUCCUUCAGUUAACGGCGUCGAUUCCUCAAUCAAACGACACAUUGCGCCCCAUUCCACUCCCUGAUGACGAGAGAACACAAAGGGCUAUCUCGUCUUUUGAUCGCAAUUUCACGGUUGACGGCCACAAAGUUGGCGUUAUCUACAUUGGAGAGAAUCAAACCCAGGAAGUUGAGAUCCUUGCAAAUAUCAUGGGCAGCAGCGAUUAUACGACCUUCCUAUCAGGCCUCGGGACUCUCACCAAGCUGAAGGGUGCCAAGUUCAAUACGCAGGGAUUAGAUCGUGAAUACGACUCUGAUGGCGAGUAUGCAUUCUGCUGGCGGGAUCGCGUUACAGAGAUAGUGUUCCACGUCACGACACAGAUGCCCACGAAUCUGGAUCACGACCCCCAGUGUAUCGGUAAGAAAAGACACAUUGGCAACGAUUUCGUGAACAUUAUCUUUAAUAACUCGGGGCUUCCAUUCCGAUUUGACACAUUUCCUUCGGAGUUCAAUUAUGUCAACAUUGUAAUUACACCAGAAUCGCGGGCAACCUUUGUCGCUACGCGCCAGCGGUCUGAAUCUCAUUCCAAGGACGCAUUCUAUAAAGUUCAGGUCAUGAGCAAGCCGGGGUUUCCAGAAAUAUCUCCUGCAUCGGAGACCAAGAUUGUCAGCUUGAUGGCUUUGCCUGGUUUCAUCCGCUUGGUCGCUCUGAACGCCUCGGUCUUCUCCCUGGUAUGGGCAAAUAGAGAAGGUGGCGAAUACGUCUCAUCCUGGCGAAAUCGACUCCGAGAGAUCAAUCGACUUCGGGAGAAGCAUGGACCGAAGCAGACGACUUCGCCGCCAAGUACUUCAAAUGGUUCAUCUUAUGAUACCAGAAACAUACGAGACAGUCUCAACAAUCUCCGUCGAGCUUCCGUUGCAAAUUUCUUGGCAGAUACUAGCGAGCCGAGCUCCCAACGGUCUUCUGUCCUUUCCAGUACCAGUACAGAGACUGAAGUUGCUCCUGGCAGUGGAGCAGAUGAAAGUAUUGUCGAUGAUCUUGACUUUUCCAGGUGGGCGUAAACGGGUCUGGGCGUUGAGAAUAAGGGGGAAAUACCACAAAAGUUAUUACUGUAUUUAUUUGACCUUUCUUCUCUUUUUAUUAGUAGCUGAUGUGAAUGACACGU